CCAAGAGCCCAGUGGCCCUUUCUUUCCCUCCUCCCCUGGCAGUCUCGGCCCGUCCAGCUGGACUUUCCUCCUGCAGCCAUGAGCUCUGGAGCAGCGGCAGGGCCGAUCUUCGCCGAGGGCGAGGAUUGCAGGGCGGCCUGGAGGGAAGCCACAGCGGGCUACGAUGAGCCCGAUGCCCACCUGGAGAUCCUGGGCAAGCCGGUGAUGGAGCGCUGGGAGACUCCCUACAUGCACUCGCUGGCCACCGUGGCUGCGUCAAAGGGCGGCCGCGUGCUCGAGGUGGGGUUCGGGAUGGCCAUCGCCGCCUCCAAGGUGCAGGAAUUCGACAUCGAGGAGCAUUGGAUCAUCGAGUGCAACGAGGGCGUUUUCCGGCGCCUGGAGCAGUGGGCCAAGGCACAGCCACACAAGGUGGUGCCCCUGAGGGGGCUGUGGGAGGACGUGGUGCCAACGCUGCCGGACGGGCACUUCAGUGGUGAGACAUCAGAGCUGAGCCAGCUCCCCGCAUUCCCGGGACAGGGCCAUGCCUUCCGCCUGCUGCGGCCCGGAGGGGUCCUCACCUACUGCAACCUGACCUCGUGGGGGGAGCUGCUCAAGAGCAGGUACAGCGACAUCCAGAAGAUGUUUGAGGAGACCCAGGUGGGGCCGCUGCUGCAGGCGGGCUUCAGGAGGGAGAACAUCAGCACCAGGGUGAUGGAGCUGCAGCCGCCCCGCGAGUGCCGCUACUACUCCCACCCCAGGAUGAUCACCCCCACCAUCCUCAAACACUGAGGGGCCCAGCACUGAGGGGAGCAGGAGCUGAUGAGGAGGAGAAAAGCUCUGAUCUCUUUAAAACCCCUGAGAGAUCGAAACUGAUUCUGCCAGAGAUGGGUGGAGGCUUGGGAUGGAUUCCAGGGGACAAAAGGACAGGAAAAUCCCUGCCCCGGAAGCCCCCUGCCCUGGAGGGGUCUUGUGGGCUUUGUGGAAGAUCUCACCCUGCUCUGUCCCCUCAAGACUUCGAAUUCUCAAUCAAUUCUGGAAUUGCAGAGUGUGGGCUGGAGCCUUUGGGCAAAUGGGUUCCAGAACCAGCCCUUUCCUCUAAAAACUGGAUCAUCUUGAGAAAUCACAGAGUGGCUUCCCACAAGAGUCAAAUAAUCCAAACCAGGUGGGAGAAAUGGGACAGUCUGAGGCAUUUUGAGGCUUUUCAGCUUCUCCUGAAGCAACUCCCCAGAGAAGUUUCCCAACAUUUUUGGCCAAAGCCCAUGGCAGCAAAUCCUGACCCCAACCCCCCCCUCACAGCUCAAUAAAUGAUGUUUCCUCUCUCCCCAGAAGGGACAAAGUCCAUUAAAAGGAAUUAAAUACCCAAA